AUGCUGUCAGUAACAAGGGGAGCAUCAUUACGAGGCUGCAUCGACACAGAUGGACCAUGGAAAUAUGAACUGCAGUCUUUGACCAAAGCACUUGUCAAUGGAGGAGAGAAGAGACCUGCUUCAGAUGUGGGGAAGAAACCCAAAACUCCCAAAAAGAAGAAGAAGAAGGACCCAAAUGAGCCACAGAAGCCCGUGUCUGCCUAUGCAUUAUUCUUUCGAGACACUCAAGCAGCCAUCAAGGGCCAAAACCCAAAUGCUACUUUUGGGGAAGUCUCUAAAAUUGUAGCAUCAAUGUGGGACGGCUUAGGAGAAGAACAAAAACAGGUAUACAAAAAGAAAACUGAAGCUGCCAAGAAGGAAUAUCUGAAGCAGUUAGCUGCCUACAGAGCAAGCCUUGUAUCCAAGAGCUACAGUGAACCUGUUGACGUUAAGGCCUCCCAGCAACCUCAGAUGAUGAAUUCAAAGCAGUCAGUGUUUCAUGGGCCUGCCCAGGCUCACUCUGCACUGUACCUCAGUUCCCACUACCACCAACAACCAGGAAUGAAUCCUCAUAUCACUGCCAUGCAUGCCAAUAUCCCCAGGAACAUAGCACCUAAGCCCAACAGCCAAAUGCCAGUGACUGUUUCCAUAGCAAACAUGGCCGUGUCCCCCCCACCACCGCUCCAGAUCAGCCCUCCUCUGCACCAGCAUCUCAACCUACAGCAGCACCAGCCUCUUACAAUGCAGCAGCCCAUUGGGAACCAGCUACCGAUGCAGGUCCAGUCUGCUUUACAUUCACCUACAAUGCAGCAAGGGUUUUCUCUUCAGCCUGAUUAUCAGAGCAUCAUCAAUCCAACAUCUACAGCUGCACAAGUUGUUACCCAAGCAAUGGAGUAUGUUCGUUCAGGGUGCAGAAAUCCUCCAGCACAGACUGUGGACUGGAAUAAUGACUACUGCAGUAAUGGGUAA